AUGAGUUGGAGCUCCUGGGCUAAAACUCUGGCUAAGGAGGCCCAGCGGGGCAUUGACAUCGUCCUCGACAUCAACGAGGAAGCGGCGAGUAAUGCAACGCCGCAAGCUGGACAAAGCAAUCCCGAAAUCGGUUCAACUGAAAAUGCCACCGACCCACCAGUCUUACCCGUCGAAGAAAAAAGCGAGGAAACAACAAAUAGAAAAGCGCCCCCGACGCGUAAUCCAUCCAAGUCUGAAAAUUGGAACGAUCAGUGGUCAGAAGACGCGCCAAAGCCACGCCGCUCUCCUCCGAAGAAAACGUCUCCGCGUUCCUCGAGAAUCAAGGCAAAGCGAUUGUCAAAAGCAGAAGCGCCUCCAGAAGAGAAUAAGGAAAGCGAAAAGAAAGUGAAUGGUGUCAACUCGCUCAUCGAUCCCCACGACCAGGAUCCAGGUGGCGGAGAAAAGGAACACACUCAAAAGAGGGAAGAGGAGGAAAAGUUAAGCUUGAAAGUAGCUGCCGACCUGGGGGAUCCUCGGAGUCCGGCAGAGGAAGAGGUUGCCCUCGAAAGCCAGCUGAAGAUUGACUUCCUGAAGGAACACACAGAAGCGAUGGGCAACAGCUUCCACGAGAUUACGAAGCAACUCGCCCUCCGUGAGCAGCAACUCGUCGGCGUCAGCACCAACAAUGCCGAGCUCCAGGCGGAAAACGAUGAACUCAGAGGAAAGGUUGCUUAUUUGGAAGAGUACUCAAGUGACGUCGCCAAUUUUUCAAGCAAAAUAGAGAUUCUGGAAGAAGAACUGCACAAGCGACAACUCCAGCUCAAAGCAGCCAAGGAUCAAAUCGCCUCGUCUUUUUCAAAAAAUCAUGUGGACGACAUUAUCAAAGAAAAAGACGAUCAAAUCCAAGGGUUGAUGUCGGAGGGCGAAAAACUCUCCAAGGAGCAGCUCACCCUCAACAAUACCAUAAAAAAGCUGCGAUCGCGCGUCAAGGAAACCGACGAAAAACUGAAAAAGUCGGAUGAAAAGGCGAAAAAGGGUGAAGACUCUUCUACGAGACUCGAAGCAGAACUUGAAACUGUCAAGGAAGAAGAGUCUAAAAAGUCCGAAGCGCUACGUCGCCUGACUUAUGAGAGUGAGAAAGCGCACGACGAGAUUCAAUCCUUGCGCGCAAGCUUGGAAGACAACCAGGAGAAGAUACGCUCGUUGGAAGUGACCCUCGACUCAGCGUACAAGGAAAUCGCGGAGCUGCAACGCACAAUCAUCGAGAAAGAGCACGACAAGGAGGGAGCGGUGAAGUUGGAGGAGGCCAAGUUCACGCUGCAAAAGCAGUUUGACGAGUCCGCCCGGCAGUGGGAACUUGAACGGCACCAGCUGAGGCAGCGCAUUCAAACGCUCCAGGACGAGGCGCUCAGAAUAGAAGGCGACUUCGGUAGACGAGAAGACAAUCUCAAGCGGCAACUGACUAACUAUCAGUCUCAGCUAGAAGAAUCCGAGCAAAGAAAUCACGAUCUCGGACAAUCGAUCCAAAGCGCUACUCGCCCCCUGUUGAGACAGAUUGAAAACUUACAAUCGACGAACUCGAGUCAAGCAGCGAAUUUCGAAGCGCUGGAAAAGUCGUUCCAGACGAGAAUAGAAGAACUUCAAGAGCAGAUCGCCGUUCAUCAUGAGUCAGAUCGUACAAUCCGCGACACAAUUAGCGAACUCAGAGCGCAAAUAAAAAUCCUCGAGCGAUCGCGCGCCGAAGCCAACGACCUCCAAGCCAAGCUCCAACUUCAGCUUGACGAGAGAAUCAAAUCGCUUCAAGAAGCAGAGGCAGCGAAGGAAACACUCAUUUCGGAAUACCAAUCGGAGAGGGAGCAGUUGAACAGUCAGGUCGAGCAGCUUCGCAGGGAAAUCGUCAUUCUAGAGGGGAGCUUAGAGAAAGAAAAGGCCAUUGGGGAGAGCGAAAGGGCCAAGAGACUGCAACAAGAAUCAGAGACCCAAGCGCUCCAGCGGCUUUGGAACUACCCCUCGCAGCAAUCUACCAGCCUUCAGCAGGACUCCCUCAAUCUUCCAAACGAUCGCGAGUCCGUCACCUCCGAUGGCGACAUUUCCUUCAGCGGCGUUUCUGAAAAUAUCCUUGACUCUUCCUUCUCAUUGAAAUCGACCCCGCUCGGGCCAGGCAUCAUCGAGACGCUGCAAGCCCAGCUGAAGCAGCGUGAAGGCGAGCUGUAUCAGCUCCGCAGUGACAGAAGCGAGGCUCAGGCGCAGCGCGAAAAACUCGCCCAAGAAGUGGUUCGACUCAGCGAAGUUGCCGACAAAAUCGACGAGUUCAAGGGGCUCAACUCGGCUCAGAAGCGCAAGAUCGUCGAGUUGGAGAAGAAGUACUCGGCCCUAUUGACACUGUACGGCGAGAAGGUGGAACGCGUCGAAGAGCUACACCAUGAUAGGAGCUCUGUGUUUGCUGCUAGCGGAGCAUCAACAUCGGCAGCAAAAGGAAAAGGACAAAAAGUUGCUCCCGGUCUUCCGAUUCUCGAGGAAAAGAAGCCUAAAGACGCGCUGCAACUUUUCGGUCGUGUAUUUCUAGUGCUUCUUUUCUGCACCCUUCUUCAUUUCAACCAAGACAAGUCGAAGGAUGCCCAAGGACCAGAUCAAGUUCCAGACUAUUUCUUCGACGCUGUGGGUAUCAAGAAGGAGAUGAUUUCUGACGCCGUCGGCCUCUUUCUCGUCAUUUUGGUCGCGGUUGGCUUGAGAACGCGUUUGUGCUCCUUUAUACUCAUCAUUUGGAUGGUGACGCUCAACUUCAUCGUCAACGAUUUCUGGUCGCAUUCGAACACGUCGGUCAUGUACGAUUUCAAAAGAUAUGAUGAGUGGCUACGGCACAACCGACGACGACCCAUUUGCCCGACAUGCCGCGCAGAAGUGGCCAGGUCUUCCAUCGUCAAAAAACUUUAUUUUGCGAUUCCCAACAUCACGCUCAGAGAUGAUAACCGCGACUUGAUGGCCGCAUAUGAUUUCAUUACUGCUGAAGCCCGUGGUUUGCGUUCCGCACUCGCUACUGUUCAGAAGAAGUAUAACAAAUCGUUGCGCAUUUUCUUAUUUGUAUUUAUGGGAUUAAUUGCAGUCCUUUGGUUUCAAGAGCAAAGACGAAAGCAGGACAUUGAUAAAGCAUAUCAAUGUCAAAAAAAGUGGUUCUGCGUUUGA